AUGUCUCAAAGAACAAUAAGUGGUUUUGAAAUAACUCCAAGUGUUAGAGAAAUAUAAGAAAAUCUAUUAAACUUCGAAUUUAAUUUGAAAAAUGAAUUUGAAAUUUUAAGUGCUUGUUUAAAACUAUGCAGUUAAAACACUCUGCUAAAUAUUGAAAAUGAUAUUUAGGUAUUGAAAUUACAGAUUAAUGAAGAAAUAGAAUCAUAUAAGGAUUUUAACUCUUAGUUAUAGAGAAGAAAAUCAGGAAUAACACCUCUAGAUGUUGAGGAAUAUAACAUUAUAAAGCUUAAAUAUAAUAAACUUGUAUUGUAAAUUGAGAAAAUAUAUUCGUCUAACUCCGAGUUAGAAUCCAUUACAAACAAGUUCCCUAGAGGAAAGCUAAAAAUUGAAAGUUAAAUAUUGAUAGGAAAUGCAUAAAGCUAAAUGAUAAAGGCUAAUAAUGAAGAAACUGUUCCUAAAAAUUCAAAUGUUUUAUCUCGAAUCCUUCCAAAACCUCCUCUUUCUUCAAAUAGCUUAAUUUCAAAUAAUUCAAGCAUAAUUUAAUCACUCAACCCUUAAAACAAAAAUGCAGCUUAGGAUUUAAUUAAAAAUAUUGCUAAGAGGGAAACGGUUGAUGAAAAUAAUAAAGAAUUUAUUAAAAGAGAGCUUAUACAGUUAAAGUAAUUGAUAUAAGAAGUUAACAAAAAAAUUGACACUCAUGAACAUACUGAUUAUGAAAUGGAAUUAGAUAGAUUGCGCAAAGAAAAUAACUAAAUUUUGCACGAUUACAAAAUUCUCAAAAAUGAUAAUACUGAACUAAUGCACAGUGUUCGUACUCUUUAGAAAAUGGCUUGCGAAAUAAAAAUCUAAAAUGAAAGACUUUUGUUAGGUAUUUAAAACCCAGCUGCAUUUAAGUAUUACAAUAACUCUCCAAUAUCGAAUAUUCCUUCUUCUAAUGAUCAAAGGGUACAAGAAUUCUAAUUAAAUUAGUAGUAAAUGUAAUAACCACCCUCAAGACUUUCUGCAAUGAGCUACUAAAACGCUAACAAAGAUAUGGUUCAAAGCCCAAAUAACACAAAAAUGCAAAAUGAAUAUUCAAAAAGAAAUACUUUACAUGAUGGGAAAAGUUAAAAUAACAAUUUAUAAAGUCCUUAAAAUAUAAAUUCUAGCGUUGAUAAAAACAGCAGAGUUUUGACAAGAAAUAGUAGUCACAAUUAGACUAAUAUGAACACCUAAGCAAAUAAUAAUAAUAAAUGUAUGACAGAGGCAAACCAAAGAUCUAGUUAUUAAAGAUCGCUGAUACCUUCAUAGCAGUCAAAUAGAGAAGAAAAUGUAGACUAUGAUUUACUCUCUUCUUGGGCAAGAAAAAGAAUAAUGGAAUAAUGA